AUGGCGAUGCUCAACAAUAGUAAACGCAAUAAUAAUUCCAGUAAUUACCGGUCCGGCAGCGGUCGUUCCAUGUCGCCCAAAAGCGCCUCCACCGCUCCCGUUCUCGCCAGCUGCUACGCCACCUCGGCUUGUUCGACGGUGGUUCAAGGAUUCCAUUACUCCAGUACGGGCACCAACGGAUACCCCAAAAGUCCCCCUUCACAGAGCAACGUGGAAGGCGCGCACCGCACGGGUGGAUACAUCCGCGCGCGCUCGCCAACCGCCUGCUCUGCCACGAAGGGGGCGUCGAGUACCAUCGCAAGGGAGUGUGAGAGACUUCUUUGUGGGGACAUGAGGCGAAUCUUCCUGGGUGGAAGGUUGGGUUCGCCAAGUGUUUCCCGUUCGAUGGGCUCGAUUCGCAAGAUCGGCAAUAACAACAAUAGCAACAAGAAAAAUGAAAACCAUCUCGGCGCUGCGAUCAGUGGCGUCAGCGAGGGUUACGAUAGUGAUGAUUCCGAUGAUUACGAUUACAGCAAUAGUACCAAUAACAACAACAACGACGACGACGACGACGGUCACUCUUUUAGUGGAGUGGAGAAAGGGGAUGGUGACGACAUGAGGUUCAUUGAAGUCUGGGACUACGUUGGGGGAACCAGUUUCAGGGGAUUCAUUGCGGAUAAGGAGCUGGCGCGGGGGAAGGUCGAGAAGACUCUGUUCUUGUUCUUCGAGCAUGUCGCAGGGACCCAGUUGAAGCAUGGGUUAAUGGCUCUUAUCGAACUGGCAACCGAAUGCUUUACCUGCGAUCGUCUGGUGAUUUGCCUCGAACGGAACGCAGAAGGUCUUCACGGCCUCGUCCGCGAUCUCGGCUGGGUAGGCUUCGAGCUGAUAACCCUCGCGCACUGGGUCCAAACCGAAAUCCCGCGUAACGGCGGCAUCGGCGGACCAGGUGUCAGAUGCGGUAGCUUCUCAUCUGUCAGCACCUCCUCGAGCGUGUUCUCGGACGACGAAAUCACCAGCGAAAAGUGGCUCUUUAUGGGAAUGGAGUUGUAGGCCAGUGUCCUUGGGGGGUUGGGUUGGGUUGUUUCCUUCAUCAAAAAUCAUUCCUUUGUCGAUUGUUCAUGGCUUGUUUGUUUGUGAUUUACUCUGUGUGAAGGAUGAGCACGUAGCUUUCUUUUCUGGGUAUUCCUUGUGUAUGGUGUGUGCCUUGCUUUCUACAUAUCUUGCUUUUGCUUUUUUGCCUUGUCUGUCUGU